CUGAUCAAUUUUUACUACGAGUAAUAUCUCAGUUGAAUCUCAUUCCCUGCAUUCCACCGAUUAUCACUGAAAGUAAAACGUCUCUAACCGUAACUUCCGCCUAUAGAUUUUGCCAAACCAAGGAGUAAGAAUCGUACGUGAAACCCGCACGUACUGUAUCUGCUACCGGAUAACCGAGCCUUGGUAGAAACCCAUGAAUCACUUAACAAUCCUAAAGCUAAAUGAUGACGUCCAAAUCUGCACGAGCGCUAGUUCCUUAAAUGAAAGCAGUUAAAACGGAUAACGUGAAAUAAUGGAGCCAAAGAAACCGCGUUUCCAGGAAAAUGUAUUGAAACAUGACGAAGGAAUUUCUGUGUGCACAUACGUGCCGAUGCGAGGCGGUAAAUGGAGAAAAUUUCGCGCAAACUCUCACCGAAUUUCGAUAAACAAUCUUCAUUCGUUCAGUCGAUUGACAAUUACUAGACAAUUGAAUAAUUAUGAGUUUGAACAGAAAAAAAGGGUUCGAUUAUCGUUUCCAUUUUUCCAAGAACCCCCUUUUCCCACGCAGGGCAAAACGGAACGUAUAAUGUUAACAAUCAUAAUAGGUUGGUAAUUAUGAACGCAAAUGAGCGUUGAAAACCGCACGGAAGCACCUGUCCGCUUGAAGUUAAUGCGCUAAAUUCUUCGAAUAGCUCACGACGCCCACGAACGUGAGCGCGUUUUCUCAGAGCGGACCAGGAUUUGGAUGCGCUCUCUCGCGGACGAAUUUAUAUACAAUCCGAGGUUCACGUGCUGCAGACUCAGUACCGAGUGGGACGCGAGUGCAAUCACAUACGCGCUAAACGGUGAACACGUUUGCGAAAGAAUAACCAUGGGUGAACGUCCAUUUACGGCACUAUUUCCGAAAGAGCCCCAAAUCGGGGACGAAGUGAUCAUUAAGGGCAGACUAAAACCAGAUGCGAGGCUAUUUUCGAUCAAUUUUGUCCUACCCUUCCCGGCUCAAGUGCACAACGGUUGCACGUGUGAAUCAGUGACUAGUGAGGAGGACGUGGAUCACCAGUGUACCUGUACUCAUCACCCGGCGAAGGCGCGGGGGUCCUCGCCGUACAUUGCAUACCACUUCAAGACCGUUUUUCACGACGACGGAUCCAGUUAUGUGGCUCAAAAUUGGAAAAACAUUGUCUGGCAACCAGAAGAACGUAGCGCUAACUUCUGGCUGGACGAUCGGAACGAUAGGUUUACGCUGAUCUUCCGCUUCCACUACGAAACCAUUAAGGUGUUCGUGGAGGACACCCAUCACACGCCCGACUACGAGUUCGAGUACCAGAUGCCGAUCGAUCGGAUUCGGACCGUUGAGCUGUGGAAUGACGUCGAGCUCGUGGAGGAACUGACGUUCCGGUUUGCAAAUAUAAUUGAUGACGAUACGUGGAACAAAUAGGGCGAAAGACAAUCACAUAUCAUUAAAAUAGAAAAAUCACAGUCCGCGUGCAAAUGACGGAGAAAACCAGUAUUAUUCCAUCAUAUGCUUUCCUCUUAUUAACGUUCCUAAUGAGUGUAGUACUAGUGCAAUAAAACGCAAAUUUUAUCAUAGCGUCGAGAUCAAUUAUUUAACCACCGGCUAUAU